AUGAGACUCCGCAACUUGAUUGGCAACCUCAUUAAGAAAGACCGUUCGCCACCCCUCAUUUCACUCCUCUUCUCGUCCUUCAUCCAAUCGAGCACCUCCGCCCAAUACCGCCCCAGCACCUCUGCCCAAAGCCGACCCAACAGCGUUGCCCAAGUCCGACCCAGCACCCCCAUCAGCAACGCCCCGACCCGACAGAGCAAAGAAAGCAUCACCACCACCACCGGCGCCAAUGAUCCCUACACCGCAACCCCUGCCAUCUCCGCAACAACAACCACCACUGACACCAUCAACACCGCACCCGAAACCCCCUUCCUCCGCACCCCAUCGCCACCCCUCGUCCAACCCCCCGUAACCACUACCAACCCGAUAAAGCGCAUGCUGAGCAUCAAAACCGGGACCCGCCCAACAGCAGCAGCAGCAGCAAUGGCACGCCCACCGCCGCCGGGACCGUCCAAGACGACCGAGCGCCUCGAGAAGCAGCGCAAGACCUUCGAGCACGCCCAUGCGCUGCUGGUCGGCCAGCGCGAGCGCCUGGAGCAGCUGGAGCGCACGCGCAUGGACGCCGAUGUCGCGCGGCUGGUCAUGCGCAAGCACAUGGUGCAGCAGCCGCAUCCGGAGCCGUCGGGGGAGAUGAGGGCGAUGUAUUGGGCGGCUGUGCGCGAGAAUAGAGCCACGUACAUCGAAGCCGUCAACCGUGAGAACGAACUGGAAGUGUCGCUGCCGCUGUGCAUCUCGCAGAUCCGCUCGCAGCUGCGCACGCCUGCGGGCGCGACGCGCGAGGAGGCGGAAUCAAGACGCGUGCGCUUGCUCGAGCUGCUGGAGGAGUUUGUGACGGAGGUAGAUGCGAUAAGAAAGGAGGGCGAUGAGGUUCGUGAAAAGGAGCUGGAUCUGGCAACCCAACGACUGGCGAACAAUGAAAUUACUCUGGAAGAGCACAAAUCGAUCAAACAUGAGCUCCAAUUCUUCGAAUGCAACAGUACCCUUUGGAGAACCUUUUCCCUCUUCACCAAGGUCCGAAACAUCUUGUUCCGAGAAGCCAAUGCCCCACCCCCUCACAUCUUCCCUCUCGCGAGUUCGAUUCUGCUAUCCGGAAUCACCUCCCGCUGCGUGGUAAACUCGAUCCUGGACACUGGCAACCCCCACCUCCUUGAACACCUGAACCUCUCCAACCUCCAAGAAUUCGCCGAACUCGACGACAUCCCCCAGGACAUCCCCCGCUCCGCGAAGGCCCGCAUGCUCGCGUCCCAGCACCACCCCGACCUGCAAAACGCGCCCAUCGCCGGGCCCAUGCGCACCCACCUCACGCCCUUCAUCGGCCGCUGGACGCACCUCCGCACCCUCCAAAUCACCACCGCCAGCCAAAGCUCCGACAUCGACCACAGCCGCUCCUACUAUAGGAUGCACACCGACCGUCACUGGCCGUCCGCCGCCGCCGCCACCGAAGACGCCCGCUACGCCGAGAUGGCAGAUCUGCUCCGCUCCGUCGCUGGAACGCUGCGCUGCUUCCGCUUCGAGCAGGGGCCGACAAACGACCUCGCUGCCGACGGCUGGGCCAUCGCGCCCUCGCGGCCCUUCAUGGGGUCUAGGUCGUCGCGCAUUCCGCCGAGCGCGCGGCCGCCGCCGCCACGGGUGCGGCCGAUGGAUGCGCGGUUCGUGGAGUACCUGGUGCCGGCGAUAGUGGAGAGUGAGUGGGGGAGGCUGGAGAGGAUGGAGUUGUUGGGGGUCGCGGCGAGAUCGAGGUAUGAUGAUGAUAGGUGGGUGUUUCCCUAUGAGGAUUAUGAGCAUAGGCCGGGGAUUGUGAAUACGCCGCUUGAUGAGGGGACGCAGGAGGCGCUGCGUAAGGCUGUGGGUGAGAAGGCGGUGCUGGUGCUGCGGGAGAGUGCAGAGGGGUACUUUUGGAUUCCGGAGUACGGCAAGUAUGGGCACGGGAUUCCGAAGGUGGCGGAGGGGGAUGAGGAGGGGGAUGAUGAGUAA